AUGAGUUCGGGAAAUCGUCUUUAUGGUAUCUGCGGCAGGCAGUUCGAGACACUAAAAGGCUGGCACAUCUCGAGAACACGUAAGGAGGACGGCAGGUAUUCCUCACUCGACGAAGCUGCCGCUGCCUGUCCCAGUUCUCCAUCCUCCUCCAGCGGAAAAGAUAUCGGAGUUACUGGGGGUGAGUGGCAAGUUAUACGAGGCUGGCUAAAUGCGUUUUAUAGGAAAACUGUGGGACAGAAUAAAAGAACGAAGGACCUAAUGGAAGUUCGCUGGUAUUACUAA